GUUAUGACAUAUCAUACCCUAUCCCGCGUGGAUGCUUUGUAAAGAUUACUGGUAGAAGUAAUGAAGUAUGAUUAUUGUGAGAAGAAUUUGUGUCCAAUUUUUGCAACACAGUAUGAGGUAAGGUCACCAUUUCAAAUUUAGCCAAAGAUAUAUUUAGAGAUAUUUCAAACUGUCAUCUUGGACUGCCCAAAGUCAUGCAAUACACGUGUCCGUGUGCGGAUGUGUGGGCAAAUGUUCUACAUUCAUUAGAUUUCUCCUUUUAUGCAACUACCUGUAGUUCUCUAUUUAUUUUUCAGACUCUGAGAUUUCUCCACUUGUGGGAAAUCUCAUGCGGUUUCCUCCAGCAUCUAAAAUUAAACCCGAAGUUUCCUUGCUGAACAAGCAUGUGAAUCUGCUACACUGCUUGUUACUCAUGUGUCACACUUCCUCAGCAGCUUUUCUGACUUCACUGUUUUGAUCUCCACACCCCCUUUACCUUGUCACUGUUUUCCUUGUUUCAUGUCUUAGAGGCAGUCCUUCUUAAGCGCUCGCUCUCUCGGGCUUCCUCUCAUCUGUGUCCAGUGCUCAGACAGUGUAGCCAGUUACCCGUCUCCAUGGUAACAGUGUGAUGUUCAAAGAGGUUUGCAGCAGCUUUGCUCAGCUGAAUGCUUGCAGGUUUGCUGUCAGAUCUCGCAGCCACCUCAUCUGCUUGUGUAGUGCAAUAACACCUUCCUAGAGGAGAGAGAAGUGCUUCCUAAAAUUAGACUCCUGUGCAGUUUUCCAGAUCUUCCAAUCUAAUGUUGUACACUAUGUAAAUAAGCACUUUCUUGUCAUGUGGAAUGGCAUCAUAUCGCUUGUUCGCUUAUUGCUUAUGACUAUUUCCUGUUUUCAUUCUCUUUUAAUGUAAAGUUGGAAUUUGGCAGUUAGAAUAAAUUACUUGUAUUAGGCAAUUUACCAGACCCCAGCUGGAGUUCUUUACAGUAAAUGUCUAACUCUAGAGUAGAUUUCGUGCUUAGGCUUUAGUAUGCAAUGUGUGCAUACAUAUGCACUGUGUGUGUGUGUGUUUCUGUGUUUUCCUUUGUGUGUGCUUGAACUCUACACCUCUCUGUUUGUGUUCCCUUUGAAGCAUAUCCUCAACCUGUUUAAUUAAGCUCUUGAAUAUUCAUGUAGUUGUACAUAUAGGCCAACGCCUUUUUUCCGGUCCUGCAUGCUGUUAGUAUUCACAACACUAGUCUGGCACUCAUGCUCACAGCAAAGGUUAACAGUUAAUGAAUAAAAAGUCAUUUUAUGUGUGAAAUUCUUGUUGAAACGUCCCUCCAGAUGUUAUGGUGUGAAAGGAAGAAAACAGGAAAGACCUCUGUGUUGAGCUGGGGUAGGGGAAUGUUUGAAACACUGAUGCAGUGGUGUAUGGGUAAAGGUCGAUGUUGAUCAGAAAGAUGGAUAGACUUUUGGAGAAAAGAAGAAAAUCUCUGAGGUUCUUUUUUUUCUCUCAGUUCCCUCUUAGUUUUCUAAUCUGGGUCUGAAUGAGGAAGAAGCCUGCUGUGCCUUCUUUGCCUAUUCUAUUAAUAGACAACUGUCUGAACCAGUGUUAACCAAGUUCACUUUCAAGUGUGUCUGAAUGAUGUUAUUUAUCUAUAACCCCCCCCAGAAAUAUAUAUUUAUGCAAUUUUUAAGGUUUCCAUAAUCUUGUGUGUUACUAGACCUCUUUGUCUCUUGUGAAAAAGACGCAGUUGAAAGUAGCUUUUGUUAGACCUCUUUAUUAGAGCUUUUCCAAAGAUGAAUUGCAUUUUUAUGUUUAAUUAUGUGGUCGCUUGAGUACACCGCCACCCCCUCUUAAAAUAAUAUGAUUUAACUUUAACCAUAUUUUAAAAAAAAAAAAAGUUUUAAUUGGGUGUCUGUGCAUGAGGUCGCGUGCAUAUAUGUGCACAUGUCAGCAAGAAGUCUCCGUGGGUCAUCGUUUGUGUAUUUAUUUUGGUCCUGCAGCUGGUCCUUCCUCUUUGGCCUCGUGUGAGUAUAUGUGACACUAGUGUGGGCACGCAUGUGUGUCUUUGUUGUUUUCUCAGCCGUUCCAAGGUUGCUACAUACUUGGUCAGUCACUCGCUGAGAAUAUUUGGGUCAACCUUAACCUACAUGUCUGUUCCCCGGACACCGUCCUCUGUCCCAGUCCAUCUUUAGUGUGCACACUGCUUGCUUUCAUUUAUCCAGCUGCCAGUAUUAGCUCUGAAUUUGAUUUCCUUCAGCUUGGUCGUCAAAAUAAACUAGCUGCAUCUAUCUGAUGAAGUGUUUUCUUUAGUUUUCUGCUCCUUAUUCAGAUAGACCAGCAGAUUGUUUUCAAAGGGAAAUUGCUCAUUCUGAGAGAUGGAGAGCAGAGAAACAGACUAAGAGAGGUCGUGCUCUGCAUCCCUGCCACUCCCUGUGCAGUCUAUAUCAUUCGCCUGACUCUGUUGAAUUAUGGAUGAAACUAUUUAUCGCUGAGCUCAGCUCUGCUCCACUGACCCACUUGCACACACAUUUCAAAUCUGGUCAGAAUCUCUCGGGAAAUCUCAUCAUAUUUUCCUUUUUACUAAUAACCAGAGCCAUUCCUCUCAUUCUCAUGUGUGUCAAUUUGUAGCAAUCCCAGGAAUCUCCAUUUUCUCACUGUCCACCUCUUACAAGGUCUCCCGUCUGUACUGGACAUCACAUCAUUGAAAUGAGUUGUGUUUUUUGUGUCAAGAGAGAGUUUAUAUUGAAUUUGAUUGUGGUUGCCUUUUCCUCCUCAUUGAUAUAGACACAUCUUUAAUUUUCUGACAAUAUCUCGUCUCUAGAUCUCCUGUCUUGUAAAUUAAUAUAGGCAAUUACAUUAUUUCUACUUUCCAUCUCCAUGACAUGUCCCUCCUUCAUCUCUGUUCAUAUUAUCAGCCAACAAGUCAUCUGUGUGCUUUGAUGUUACUCACUAAUCAGAGCUGAAUUAUGCUACAACAAAGGCCUGCACGUCUGUCAGCAGGACAAGUGAUAGCGGAAGAAUGCAAUAAAAAUACAACAAAACCUUGAGUUUAUUGACAGGAAACCUGUCAGGAAAUGAAAUACCAGACAAAGCACUAACACAGGGGACAGCAGUCGACACACAUCAUGUAGCAUCGUUGUGCUUUAGCUCCCCCUUGUGGAUAAUAAGCAAUACUACUCAUUGAGUAGUUGGUUGUGUAAAUUUGUGACAUUCUCUUAUAGUUUUAUGUUUUGAUCUCUUGAUCUCAAUAGCAGCAGAAACUAAUUUAUUAAACUAGGUAUUAUUUAUUAAAAUGUAGACCUAUGUUGAAUAUGUCAGAUAAUAUGGGGCAUCAAUCUUUAAUGAGAGCAGGUAGAGUAGCAAUGGCAGGAAAGGGGCAGACAGAGCUGUUAUAAAUUAUGGUUGUAUUGAAUCACUUAAAUGGAACUGGGCCAUCAUUAAAGUAAUAAAUGGCACAUGUAAGUAAAAAAAAAAAAAAAGUUUAAUUUUCACCAAAGAAACCCAAGCAGUGUAUUUCCUGAGUCACAAAACUUAUGUAUGUGUGACUCAGGAUAAUGCAUGCAUAACAUGCACGCAAACGUAUUGCUUGAUUGCGUGCAUAUGUUGUGAAAUUAGUCUCAGUACACAAGAUACCCAGAGCCACCAAACUUUGUUUUUCAAGAUAGUCUUAAUCUGGAAACGAGAGAAGAAGAUUUUCAUUAGAUUUAGCUGCCCUGUAACGACAUGAGCUUCCUACUAGACAAGUGCCUCUACUCAUUAUCUGUCUUCCUGUUAUGAAAUCGGCUGCUUCUUAGUGGAGGCUUGCAAAACUUCUGAAACAGUACCCAGAGGCCAGACCAUCCAAUAAGUCUGCUUAAAAGUGAGUAGUGAGAUUAACACAGAGGCAAAAAGUGAGAAGAGGCCAGACUAAAUAAUCCUCCAGGGCCAAAAAGCUGGGACUGCUUGUUCUGGAUUCUUCAUCUUCCUGCUUAUGAAUAGGCUGGCUGUGUUUGGGCUUACAUACUGCCCCAUGGUACCGAACAUUGUGCAGCAUCCUGCCAGACUAAGUCUGCGUUUUGGGUCGGUGCCCUUUCUGUUCCACGUUGCAUAACCAGGAUGACUGAGUAUAAACAGAAGCAGGGCCAAUAAAUGCCAGCUACCACCAAUAGACCAACACCGUGUCUCCCCAUGAACCCACUCUUAUGUUUUCCUGCACGUAUACGCACACUGCUUUGCUGUGUACACUUUGACACAUCCAUUACUCACAUAUAUCACAGCAUCACAUCCACAUUCAGACUUAGAAACUUAAUGGAAAACCAAAAAAAACAACAAAAAGGUUCAGGUGCUACAACAUACAGGCCUUUUGAGGCUGUUACAAUACAGAUAUUUAAGCCUUUUAUGAAACUGUAUGGCUGCUGUGUUGACAUUAAUGAGGUCUACAUGACUUCGAAACCAUUGUGUGUAGUUCUGUACUGCAGUUUUUUGUUACAUAUUAGCUGAAUAAUAGACAGUUAUUGGCUACGUCUGUACUAGGCUGAUAUCAGCCCGUGUAACGGCCUCACCCACUUUAUGAGGCUAUCAUUACUGCAGGUAAAUGGACAUGCCAUGUAUAUGUAGUUUUCCACGGCCUCUGCAGUAGGCCCUGAACAAGUGUGCUGGCCUGUGACUAUUUUUAUAGUAUUUGUUUAGCAAAAAGUAGCUCCAGUGAAAAUAAGGUAAAGUAUAUCAGUAGUUUAGGAAAGCGACUGUAUACAUUUAUCUACACGUGAAACCCUUCUAAUGAUUUGAUUGAACCCACAUCUAAAAUCUGGUAAUACUUAAAUUCAUUCUGAACACAUGAUUACUUGUCAGAUGUCGAAUGUUUUGCAUUCACAGUUGUCAGUUUCAGCACAGGACAUGAUAACAGAUAAUUGUUUGGGUUGUUGUUAUGGACAUUUCUUUCUUUUCCUUCCUGUUUGGCUCUUGUCGAAGCCAGGAAUUGGCUGGCUAUGAAGAUGUUUCACACUCUUGGAUGCCACCAGUUAUAAAUGUCCAUGUGUAUAAAGUGCUCAGGGGUUUAUGUAACUGCUAAUAGGGCCAUUGAUUAUACUGGAGCCUAGACUAGUGAGAACUGGACAGCCAGAGUUGGAAAGAGGGCUUUUUGUUAUGGGGGAAGGUAUUGUUGAAGAAGGCCAGAGGCCCGAGUCAUGGUUAUCUCCUCUUUUAGGCUUGAAUUACCAUCAGUCUGUGCAGACAAACCUCUCACUCUUCUGCCUUUAUGUAACUGCUCAUCUCCUGCCACCAGACCAUACUACACAACUUACUGUCACAUGGAGCGAGCUGUGGUGUUACCCCUGCAUAAAAAAACUAACAACUUUUGUUUAAUUCUGCAGUUAGAUGCAAAAUUUCAGGACAAAUGCAUCUAACUUGUUGCUCCAGUUAUAAAAGCUCAAGGUUAAGGUUUGGAAGGGUUUUGCAUUGUAUUGUUAAUCUUUGCAUAACUUUCUGUUUAUAAAACGUAGAGAAUUUAUCCUUUCCCAAACCACAGUCCAGUUACAUCAGACCCAGUCUCUUCUUUGUCUCUUCUGGAUUUUUCCAGAACUUUUUUUUGGCUGUGGAGCACAGACCUGGCUUUAAUUCAGCGCUAAGCUCUGUCCUCUGAACGACACUUUCCAUUAUUAUGGCCCUGUGCGCUGGCUGAGUAAACACAUCCACACAAGUUGUUUUCUGUGUCUUUGUGUGUGAUGUCAUCAGCUCACAGCACUGUUAGUUCAAAACAGUAUUUUUUUAAGAGAAAGAAAAAUCCUUACUGUUAAACUCGUGUUUUUAUUUUUUGAUUAAAAAUGUAAAAAAGGACAAUACAGAUACAUUUUACCAAGUUAGAGUAACAGCGGAGGUAAUCAGACUUGAGCUUUAAGUGUCACCAUAACAGGCGGUGUGGUUUAUACCAUCACAGGUGUUUUAGAGAUAGUAUAAUAUUUUUAUAUAUUAUAUUCUCUGAAAGCGCAUUUGAAACCUAUACAUUUUGCUGUUUAACUUAAAAUAUCUAAUCACUUGGCAGCACUUCAUUGCAUUUUAGGGAGAUAACCUGCUGAACUACAAAAUGAGAACCAGAAUAGAGAAGAAUGGUAAUUUAAGUUCAUACAGGCUUACCAAAAUUGGACAAUAGAAGACUGCAAAAAUAGCGUCUGGUCUGAUGGGUCUCAAUUUCUGCUGUGACAUUUAGAUGUUGAGGUUAGAAUUUGGCGUAAACAACAUGAAAGCAUGGAUCUAUCCUGCCCUUUAUCAGUGGUACAGGGUGGCUGUGUAAUUGCAUGGGGGAUAUUUGCUAGUCACACUUUCAGUACCAGUUGAGCAUAAACCACACAGCCUACCUGAGUAGGCUCAAUUUAAUAGAGCGCCUUUGGGAUGUGAAGGCAGAGGGGGGUCCAGUGGCAUACUGCACCUAAUAAAGUGGCCGAUGAAUGUAUGUUGAUGACUUUAUUACAGUGGUGGUGAGUUUCCUGCUGGUUUUGGCUAAAAACCAGUUAGAGGAUGUCACAAAUCAAUCUAUGUAGGAAAAUCACUGAUGUAUCAUUGUAGACUGAAGGUGUGUCAUUGACUGGAAACGCAUGCUUAUUCUUUACUGACUUUAAACAUCAGCAGUUCAGCAGGUCUUUCCCCUUUUCUAUAUCUCUGCAAUGCAGUUCUUUGUUAUUUUUUUAACGUGAGUAAUUGUACUGGGUCUAAAUAAAACUUAUUAAUUCACAUUCAUUUCCAACUUUGCUCUUCAAUGCACCAUCCAGAUGUCUCUUAGUGAACCUGAUAUAUGCAUAUUAAUCUUAACUCCUUAGUGGUAACCUAAAAAGUAUUCGAACAAGUCAAAAUAAUAUAUAAAUCAUGUUUAAUCUGACAUCAAAAUGUUAAGGAUAAAGUUAAGGCUAAAUAUUCACCAAUAUGCAAAAGAUGUAUAAUCUAAAAUGAAGACAAAACUGUGUUUUGACACAAAAUGGAAUAAAAUAUUCUCUCUAUUAGCUUUUGGGAGUUUCCUCUGAGUUUCAGUCAGCUUUGCUUUCAGUUUUUUUCCCCCAAAAAGCGAUCCCAUUGGUGCUUUAUGGGAUUUAGGUCAGGACUCUGGAAAGGGGCAUUUUAGAGCUUUUAUUUUCUCCAUGGUGAAAUACUCUGUCACCACCUCUGUUACUUUCGUUUUUUCGCUUGAUUCGGCUGAUCCUUUGUUUAAGAUUCAAUCGAACAUUUGUGAUAAAUACAGUUCAGCUAAAACAGUCACAGAAAUGACUGUCAACUCUUUGUUUUAUUACGUUUUAGUUGGUUUUCCCCUUGUAGCUUAAAUUUUGGGUCAUUCAACCGUCUACUGCCUAUCUGUGCAGAGUUAAUCCUGGUUGUCUUUCUUAUAGCUUAUUCAGCAUACUGCACUUUCUUUGAACCACUAUUUGUUGAUCCUGUUUCUAAUCCUCUGUUAAAUUAAAUGGAUCUUGUGAUCUCUGAAGCAGUCCUUCCUGUUGUUUUUUUUUUUUUUUGGGGGGGGGGGACUCAUAAUCAUGAGUCCAUUUUGCUGCUGGUCUUCAUUGCUCUGCUUGUGUUCCUUCUGUUAUAAGUCAAGACCUCUGUUUUUGAACAUUUUGACAAUAUACUGUGAAAAGUGGAAGAUUAGGUUAUUUUCUGGUCUGGUGAACAGAGUGGCCUUAUUUUAUAACAAUAUUUAUUGCUUGAUUCCUGAGCUCAGUGGGUUGUUUUUGCCCAUUUGUGGAGUUGUUUUUAAUUAAAUCCAGGGCACUUGUGGAUGGAGAUGGACAGAGUUAGUUGAAAAAUCUGAACUUUUCCAAAAGAAUUUAAAUUUAAGAGGUAAUGUUGUGCUUUUUCCUUUAACAACCUGAUUCAUUAAUUAUUUACUUUUGGUGCCAUUUUAAUGUAUUGUAAAGACAUAAUCCUUCUAUUACUGUCUCAGUUAAUGUGUAGCUACUAGUAAUUAAUUUCUGUCAAUGUAAAUAACACCUAAAGUGAGCCACAGCUGUUCUUUCUGUCCCCUAAUUUUAGCCAGCUAAUGUGGUGCUAAUGAGGUAUAGCUGCCUCUGAGGCUAGCGUCUCUAUUUAUUUCUGUUCCGGUGUCAGUCACUUGUCAUGGCAUGAGUGCACCACCACCUGUGAUUUGUGUCAUUGAAACUUUGCUAUUUGUUGCAUGUUGUUAAUCCCACCAAAGUUUAUGCUGAGUCACUGUAAAAGCUUGAUCAUUCCUGGAUAGCCAAGAGUCGCUGAAGGCCAUAUUUGCCGUGCGAGAGAAUUUGACUUCAGGCUGGAAUGACACUGACAGUAGAGCAAAAAAAUGUGUGUCAUUUAGUCACAACUGAUGGGAAAACACCUGUCAGAAGUUCCAGUCAUGGAUUCCCCGAACAACUAAAGGGUUACGGUUAAGACGCCUCUAAGAAAAUUUAUCUGUACUUGUGCUCCCUGUAGUCUUGUUUUUAUAGGUUUUUACAAAGUGAGGAUUCACCCAUCUUUAAAUUAUUACUUUUUAAAGUUUGUUACUAUUUGAAAAACUGCCAGGCUCAACUACUUAACUGGUAACUGGUAGUUAGCUGGUUAACAUUUUACCCUAGUUAAAACUAGAUUAACUGACAACACUACAGCAAACAUUAUUUGGUAUUAGUAAUCCAGAUUUUUUAGCAAAUCAUUGUAAACUACUAAAGUUAGUUAAUGCUAAGCCUUUGAGUGGGAGACCCCAUUUCUUUGGGUAAAAGUUAAAGAGACGGUCAAAAGUAUAUACUGUUUGUCUGAAUGGGAAUUGUUGCCAGUAAAGGGAAAAUAUUAUUAUUCGUGGCUCUACAGAUGUGCAGAUAUAGUUUAACCUAUUUUUUCUAUAUUUACAUUUUCCAAUGUAAAGCCUUGGCUCAAAUUUGAAACCACAGAUUCUGCCAUGUGUCCCUUUUAUUCAGUACUGGGGUCAAACAUACACAUCUCACAGCGAGUUGGACUUGUUAUACUUCUUAUAUAAGCACUCUUCUCCCUAAUUCCUACCCGCUCUCUUCCAGUCCCCAAACCUCUCCUGCUUUCCCAUUAAAGCCUGUAUUCGUGCUCCUGUUGCCCUGCUCCUCCUGUCGGCUUGGGCACAGAAGUCUUCAGUUGCCCUCGUCCUGCCAUACCACUCCACACCAUUCCCCCUACACCCACUACUUCCAGUGCUUUUUCUUUCUUUUUUUCUACCUAAUUGUACACCACAGUUUCAUCAUGACGCGAAAGACUCUGAGGCUCAUAAAAAGGUGUUUGUAGUAUAUUUGGAUGCCAAUUUGUGCUUUAAUGCAGUGAAAAUGAUCAACCUGAACGCAAAAUUACAACUGUGUGCCGUCUCAGUUCUUCUGGACUGUUUACUAACAAACACUGUUUUGCACUCUAAUUAUGGCCAUCCUCUCUAUAAAUUACCAAUACUCCACUGUUUUGUAGCACAGGGACCCAAUUAUAGGCUUAUAUUUUUUGAAUUGCAGCCUUGCGAUGAUCAUGCAACUGUAUAAUGUCAGUCCUUUCUUGUUGUUUGAUUUCUCCAACUUAAACUAGAAUUAUCCACGCAUUAGUGCUUUUCUGCUGGACAGUUAUUUUGUUCAGUGUGGGGGGGUUUUUCUUUUCUUUUUUGAUCAGUAGAAGCAUCUAGUCCAGUCUGUUACAGCGUGAUCACUCAGUAAACUGAUUGGCUGAGACAAUCAAACUGUGAUAAUUAAAAGGAGGGAAUGGAAAAGUUCUCUCUCCUUUUUUCUGCCUGAACUAGCUAAUGUUUUGGAGCUGAACUGGCCUAGAAACUCAAACAGAAGAAAAGCCCCCCUCCCUCCCUUCAUGAGGCUUUCUCACAACCCCUCUCUCCUUUGCGCCUUCUCUCACUCCGUCUCCCUCUCACUGACAGCUCCUGGUGGGAUCUUUUUUUCUUCUGUGCUCCUUUUGCUCCCCUCACAUCCGUUCUCUGGGUCUCUGCCUCUCUGCCGCUCUUUCCCCCCGUCUGCGGAUUUUAUGCCCGAUGGACGCUUUGAACGCUUAACUUCGCAGUAAACUCUCCCUGCUUUUAUCCCAGGCUACAUCCAGCGCAGCGAGCCUUCGUAUGAUUAACAUUCUCUGUACUGUCACCCACCCCCAAACCUGCGUUAGAUGGGCUCAUUGGUCCAGAGGAGUCUUUCUUCUUCCACUAAUGUACGCUCUCUGUGGGAGUCGUGCCUGUCGAAGUGCAUUGGCUCUGCACAGGCUCUCUGUCUGAAGCGUGUGUUUGAACUCAAGCUUCGUUCAUGGGCUUUGAGGAGCAGCAGCCCUGUGAACCAGCAGCAGAACAUAAUGUAGACUCUGCAGCUAUCAGUAGUCAUGGUACAUUGUUGGAGUGACUGUGCAUUUUAUGGAUUCUGGAUAUUCAAUCAAGCCAGCAGUAAUUCCGUGUCCAGUGGGGUCUUUGCAACUGUGGACUUUGAGUGAAGUGGACUUUGUUUGGAAGAAGUGUCCUGACUGAUGUGUGCUGUGCAAGACCCAGGCUCCUCUCCUUUCCUUUCACUGUAUUUUUUUCCCCGAGAGACACGCAAACAAAUAGAGAGACCAAACAAAUAUUCCACUCCAAGCUGCACGCAUGCGUGUCCCACUCAUGGAGGUCAUCCUUAACCUGGUAACUGCUGACACCUCUCCACUUCCUACCCCCAACACCACAAUCGACCGGCUGGAAGUAAGUGGCCUGGGCCAGGCACCCCUGUCUGUUUCAUGUGGGGCAGACAGUUCGUUCCAGGGGGGUGAGGAUAUCACCCCAGACCCUCACCGCACCAAGCAGGCCAUCGCCCAGCUGCAACAGAAAAUCCUCAAGCUCACAGAGCAGAUUAAGAUCGAGCAGACAGCCAGGGAUGACAAUGUUGCAGAGUACCUCAAACUGGCCAACAACGCCGACAAACAGCAGAGCACACGCAUCAAACAGGUUUUUGAGAAAAAGAACCAGAAGUCGGCACAGACCAUCCAGCAGCUGCAAAGGAAACUGGAGCACUACCACCGGAGGCUGCGAGAAGCGGAACACAACGGUAUCCCACGCCAGCCCAAGGAUGUUCUGCGGGACAUGCAGCAGGGCCUGAAGGAUGUCGGAGCCAAAGUCACAGGCUUCAGUGAGGGCGUGGUGGAUAGUGUUAAGGGUGGCCUCUCCAGCUUCUCACAGGCUACCCACUCUGCUGCUGGUGCAGUCGUCUCCAAACCACGAGAGAUCGCCUCCCUUAUUCGCAACAAAUUCGGGAGCGCUGAUAACAUCUCUUCACUUAAAGACUCUCUGGAUGACCCUUCAGUAGAAGAAGGUGUGACAAGUACUGGAGGACGUUCCCUGGGAAGCACUGGGCAUCACUUCCAGUCCAGUCCGAAGUAUGGUAGCGAGGAUGACUGCUCUAGUGCUACAUCAGGCUCAGUGGGGGCUAAUAGCACAACAGGGGCCCCUGGGGGUCCCCCCAGUUCCAAGGGAAACACACUGGAGAGGAGCCAGAGUUCCAGCUUUGACAUGCUGCUGCAGGAGGUGCAGGAGUUGAGAGAUGGCCAGGCAAGGCUAGAGGAGAGCCUGGAAGGUUUGAAGAGCCACUAUCAAAGAGACUACACAGUUGUUAUGCAAGCACUGCAGGAAGAACGCUUCAGGUGUGAACGUCUGGAGGAGCAGCUCAACGAUCUCACAGAACUUCACCAGAAUGAGAUCCUCAACCUUAAACAGGAGCUGGCCAGCAUGGAGGAGAAGAUCGCCUACCAGUCCUACGAAAGAGCCAGAGACAUCCAGGAGGCUUUGGAGGCCUGUCAAACCAGGAUCUCUAAGAUGGAGCUGCAGCAGCAGCAACAGCAGGUCGUCCAGUUGGAGGGGUUGGAAAAUGCCACAGCCCGGACCCUCCUGGGAAAACUUAUCAAUGUGCUGCUGGCCCUAAUGGCUGUCCUUCUGGUCUUUGUUUCAACUGUAGCCAACUGUGUGGUCCCUUUGAUGAAGACGCGCUCACGCUCGCUCUCCACCCUCCUCCUCAUCCUCCUGCUGGCCUUCUUGUGGAGAAACUGGGACGCUCUCUCGGGGUAUACGCACCGUGCGCUGCAGCCCCCGGGAUGACCAGAUUACAUUCAGCACAUGUUGCUUUGGUGACAACAAGAAAAUGUAACUGUAGCUGCAGUCUGCAGUCGGUUCAGCUGAGCACAUUUGGAAGCGGCCCGGAUAAAGAGCAAGAAGUGUGAAGAAGAGUGAAGAAGAGAACAUUCACAUUUAGGAAGGACAAGACUGUUUACAUUUUUAAAACGAACUUUUGUGUUGUUAUCCCUCACAGAAUGCAGUAUUGUACUGUUUUUACCCUUAGAGUUUAAUCAAUUAUAAUGUUAUUUCUAAUAAUAUUAUUUUAUUUUCAAUGUUAUUUUAUUCAGUACCAUGUAGCAUUACACUCCUCUCACUCUACACAAAGGGGAGUUUAGUCAGGAAACUGGGCUGGAGAGCUGCCACAAAGGCCCAGUCUAAUUGUAGAGACAUGCAAAUGUGAGAAUGUGGUUGAUUGCCUUUAGGAAGAGAACUCUUACUUAGCUGUGAUUAGUAGUUUUGAACCAUGGCUGAAAAACCUUCCUGGAAGUUUCGCCUUUCUUGCUGUGAUGAAAUUUGUUCAGGUAGAACAUUUUGAAGGAAUGAGUGUCAUGCAGACGUACAAUUUCUAAUGGCAAAGAUCGCUUUUACUUUUUUAAAGUUAAAAAAGAAUUGAAAAUAGGGAAGAUAAUGAAUGGCACAAAGACUCUAGAGGGGGAAGCUGAGAUGGUGUGCCCACCAUAAAAACAGCACAUGAAUACUACAGAGAACAUCUGGCUGCUGUCUAGCAUCUGCCAUAUUUGUAACUUGUAUACAGUGCUGCACGUUGUCAUGAAGAAAAUUACUUCCAAAGCAGAUUUACUUUUAAAAGCGAUGAUAAAGGGCUGUUGUCCAAGUAAAAUUAGGUUGCCAGGACAAUUGGCCUCCCACCCCACCAUUAUGAUGUGAUCAAGUUAAGAAAGAAGGGGAGACCACUGGUGCUUUUCCAGUUCUGUCUCAGAACCAUCAUGAAUACUGCUGCUUCAAAUCUACAGUGCAAGUCAUCUCCACUGCCAUGCCAGUCAAAUGCACAUUGCCUGUAUGUGACUUUAUACUACUGACACAGUUUCCCUGCGUGUUAUCUUUUCUUUCUUUUCUUUUUUUUAAUGUACCACCGUAUCGCUAUGUCAAGGUGUUAUCACCCAGUGCCAAACUGAAGUUUGCCCAGGGAUGCCUAAGCACCCAAAAGGUCCAAGCAGCUGUGGCUUCUUUCCAUAUAUGUCAUGAAUGUCUUGCCAGAUGCAACUUUUGUAAGGGGGAAAGUAAUUCGCAAUCUGAACAUGACCUUGCCUCCAGAUGCUCAGUAGUGUGUUUCUACACAUUUUGCUUCCAUGAGUAGAGCUUGGCAUUCGGCCUCUCUUUUACUCUCACUUUCUAAUCUAGUCAAGGACACUACAAGAUGACCUAGCACGUUAACUAGUCUGCACUGUAUUUAAUGCCAAGAAGCUGAUUUCCUAACAGACAUUGUGAUCAUUUGAACUGUACAGCUGCACUUUAGCACACUGAUAGACAGCAUGUAGGUCAGGCCUUUGAUAGAGACUACAAAGCUUGACACUCUCUGAGAAGUGAAGCGCUGAUGCAGAUUGAAACUGCUGACAUGCUUUUCUACAGGAAAUAAAAAAAAACCAAGGAAAUUCAGUGCAUUUUUGUCAAAAUGUGAGUAAACUUGUUUCCUCUCAAGUUGAACCGCAGUAGGCAGAUUUAUUGAUCUGUCAGUGAUGUGUAAUCAAAGGUACAAUAGACAAGUUGGGAGUGAGCUGACCUUUGACUUUAGUUUGUCCUUGCAGCAGCACCUCUGAUCUUGGGUUGUGUGCUAAACCACUUCAGUGCCUUCUGAUGUCCUUUUCUAAGUGUGGAAUAAAUAAAGUGCAUUCCUGACUAA